AUGCGUUUGUUGAGACAAAAGAAAGAUACCAACUCACAUUACCCGAAAUUAAAUUUAAACCAGUCAUGUUGCUUUGGAAUUUCCAGGAGUUAUGGCGACUUCCGCUCUGCGGCACACAGAGGCAGUCAAGCGAUAGUCAAACUACUUCUUGAAAACGGCGCCGACCCCAACUCUCAUCGGGAUGGAAGAACAUUGCUGUACAUGGCAGCAGAUGACGAAGCCAUAGCCAAGCUACUUCUUGAAAACGGUGCCGACCCCAACUUUCAUCAUGCGGAUAGGAAGACAAUCCUGUGCAAAGCAGUAGGUAAAGGCAAUGAAGCCGUAGUCAAGCUACUUCUUGAAAACGGCGCCGACGUCAACGUUCACAGCCCGCACGGCCUGAACGGAGACACAGCACUGAGUAAAGCAGUACGCGAAGACGAAGAAGCGAUAGUCAAGCUACUUCUCGAAAACGGCGCCGGCGCCAACACUCAAGAUGCGAACGGAGACACAGUUCUAUACGUGGCAAUGGAUAACGGUAAUGAAGCCAUAGUCAAGCUUCUUCUUGGGAGCGGCGCCGAUCCCAACGCUGAGAACAAAUCGGGAAGCACGAUCUUGCACCUGGCAAUAGGCAAGAGCAAUGAAGCCAUGGUCAAGCUACUUCUUGAGUAUGGUGCCGAUGCCAGAGCUCAGGGUAGAUCCAGAAUGUCGCCCUCAACUGUGCAGAGCUUAAUGGCCAUAAAGAGAUUAUCGAGCUACUUAGGGGGUUCCAUCAAAACUGAGAUUCAGCAUCCAAAAUCCAAAGAAAACGACGGUGCAGCCAGCAUAAAGUAA